AUGCAUGCUUUAGCUCUGCUUGUGGUGUUGCUGUCAUCUUUGGAAAAAAAUGCAGAUCAAGACGACCAGUGCCGUGUGGAUUUCUUUACUCCUCUCGCUGAAAUAACACAAAAUCGCCUUGUGACCGCUGUCCCGUACACAACUGUUUGGACGGUGGACGCCACCCAUAAUGGUGCUGAUGUUGAGGUGCUCAUCCCACCACUGCAGUCCUGUCAGAAGGAUUGUUCAUCACCAUCUGUUUCUAAACAUUUUUUAUAA